AUUUCUCUCGCCUAAGUGGUCAGCGACAGCUCCCUUGGCGACGAAAUUAGCCAAAAUCGAAGUAGAUUUGCUGUAGUUCGACCUAGUGACGCUUCGUCGAGGCUUUCUAUUAUUGGGAAUCCGUGAUAUAUUUUUGUGGGGUUUUUUUGGGGUAUUGAGAAGGCGUGUUUAUAAAUUGCAUAUGCGGAGCUGGCUUGAUGCCCAAACCGUGGACGUGUUCACUCAGGAAAUCCGGGGGGUUAGGGGUGAAGGAAGCUUUGGGGUGUAGGUCACUGUGGACUUUGUUUGCCCUUGAAACUGACUGUUCUGUUCCCCUCUGCGAUAUCCUGGUUCCCCAGCUUUGCAGGGAGAGAGGAUCCUUGGCUCGAUCCGAAAAGAACUCGGAUUUUUGGGUUCUGUCCUUCAUUCCGCAGCAGAAAUACGACACUGAACUCCGCGGAUUUCCAAACAUUAUCCGUAGCCUGCAGAUCACAUUGGAUGGCGGGUUACGCAACCCGGGUGCGAGUUUUGUAGCGUUGGGGAGGGAGGCUCUGUCGUCGAGUACAAGCACCGAUCAGAGCGGAUUUUUUAGAACGCGGUGGGCCCAGUACCCAGAGGUCGAAGGAUCGAAACCUCCCGUCGGUAGGUCUUUCGAGGUGACCAGUUGAUGGAAUUAGGAGUUAAUAAAUAGAUAACUCAAAUUUCAUUUAUAAAGGUGGGAAGAUUCCAAAGAGAGUGGAAGCAUUUUACCACAUCAAAGUUUUGAGAGAGUCUCAAUAAAUGUGGGGUCCACAUAGAGAUUGGAGUGGGGUGGACCUUUCUAAUGCUAUAUAAUAAAACCAUGGUAGAGUUGUUGGCCUAGUCUAUGAGAUUGUGUGCAUUUGGGUAGAUAGGGGAAGGGAGGCUCCAUGGCUCAAUGAUAGAUAUGUUGAACGGCCCUGCAGGCAAUUGGGUUUAGGGUUUAGCACAAAUCAAGGUUUUGCCUUUUCAUACAAGAUACGGAUCUAAACUAAUUAAUUAAUAAAUGUACUUGAAAGAGAGAGGGAGUUGUGGGUGAGUUUAUACACAUAUACUAUCAUUAAGUAUUUGGAGAAGCAUGUGAUGUUGAAUAUGGAUAGUAAUAAAUUAUCACUUAAAAGGUGAACCUUUGCACAAUGGAAGCACUUAUUUUGCAUUUUUUGCAUAUAUUCUUGUUUGUUUCUUCAUUGUUUCUUUCUCAUGUAGAA